UGUAAUGUGCUUUUGCUAGGCCUGCCUCACACAUCAACCACAUAUGUACUUACUUACUGAACUGUGUACGAGAUUUCCAUGUAAGUAGUAGCGUGUGAGAAGGCCAUAGCUACACUGUGUCGAGUGUGCGCGCCACCGCCUGCUGUUGUGCUGUAGUUCCUCUUCUGAGCAGCAAUCGAUCGAUGUCUUGCGCAAAGGCCCACGGACUUCUCCCGGCGACGGUUUCUUGCUUUGGCGGCCCCCGCAGAGGCGGAUCCGUGUGCGAAACAAGAUCCCAGCACCCAAGGAGCCAUUGCUGGCCUACAAAAAGUAUAACAUACAAAACAAGCAGCAGAAGACCAGCAAAAGAUGCAUCUUCUGGGGAGGUGCUAGCAACUUUUUAAGGAGGAUCUGCACAACUUCACAUUCACAUCCCAAAAAUUCUUGCCCUCCUGAGGUACCGCCGACGAGGGCGCGCUGGGGUACCGACGAAAAUCCACACCUGCAACCAACACUUCCCAAAAGUCAUCUCUUUGCGCGAGACAAUCACGAGGUUGGAAAUAUGGAGCGUGUAUAUUAUAAUGAUAAGGGCUAUUUUGUUUGGUGGAGACCGCUAGCGCUACGACGGCCCGAAACGCAGAUUGCAGUCUUGGCGGGUAAUAACCAAAGUAGACAUAGACGUUCUGGAGCAAGAAAAUGCAAGGGACCUACAACGCAAUUGGCGGUGUGGAAAACUAUGUCUUGUCGCAUCAUGCAGGCGCAGCCGAGAAAAAGAGACGACCGUGCGCAGCCGCCGGCGCAACAGGUGGACGUGGAGGUUCCUCCGUCACAAUCACACACACUCCAGGCGAACCAUGGUGAUUACGAACGACUCGUUCACAGUGUUUUUGAUACGAUCAUCGCCUGUGCGGCACUACCCGACUUCGCGCGGCCUCGUUCACUGUCCCACGGAGUAGACCGCAGUAGUGCUACCGGAGGACAGGACGAGGAUGCUGAAGCUGAAGAUCGUAACGGUAGCUCCGUUGCUGAUCCGAAAUUCGAAUUGAUGCAAAAACAUCAGCAGAAUCUACAACGUAGGCAAGAAGAAGAACAAGUGGAUGCUACUUCUACCAUCAAGCGCAAGCCGAAAAGAAAACUCUCGCCGAUCAGGUGGUCCGAAGCGCUCUUUCCGGUCCAACUUCCCAGCACAGACGCACGCUCCUAUUGGUACCGUUUUCAGGAUAAAAACGAAAGCCGAUUUGAAGACCACAUGGAUCGUCAUCCACCAUGUACAGCACGUAGCGUGGAUUUUCAGCCAGAGGAAGAGGAAAAGAAGGCGCUCCUAGAGAAUAAAAAAGAGGUGCCAGCUUCGGUGGCAGAGAAGUGCUGUAACUUCGUCGACGACGCAGCGGCUAAAGAUGUGGAUGCUAUUGCAAAUACACUUAAAAAACCGGAUCCAGUUCCAUGGUGGCGUUCGACGUGGUUUCUCGUCGUCAGCGGUUGCCUAGCGGUCCUGUCACUUGGGGUUUCCAUUACAGUCGCAGUCCUCAAGCCUUGGCUUGCCGCGGACGUCGAAAUUGUGCCUCCGGGUGAAACACCCCCGACCGUGCCGAUACGGCGAAGCGGAGGAUCACAAGGCGGCGGGGCGGCAGCAGCAGCUGGGGCUGUCUUCUUAAACAGAAACGUACGAGUAAUUGAGGCUGUGAAUCCUCAGGAGUCGCAAUGGCGAUGGAUGUUCGAAGUUCUGUUCCAGGAAGCCCCGGAAGCCGCGGAAAAGCAACUAGGUGCUUACUUCGGUCAAGGGAAGCAUCAAAUCGAAAUCGGAUUUUCGAGCAACAAAAAGCGAGAAGAGGUCAACCUCAACAGAAAUACUGCGAGCAUUCACGGCGCUGCGGACGGCAGUGGCAGAAGCUCCACAACAUACAGCUACAGCAGCACACAGCAGGAACAAGAUGUUUUAUCGCUCUCUCGACAGUCUUCUGCUGGAGAUACUUCAGAACAUGUGCCUGACGUCGUAAGCCCAGGAGGACCUGUCACAGACUCGUCCCAAAGCAACGACCGGGCCUAUGUCCUCACCGAGACGUGGCUGCGCAAAAAAGUUUUUCCCUUUCCCGAGCAGGUUCGCAGGCUCGCUCUCAAGAUCUACGAAGGGAUUAUCGUCACGUCCCCGCAAGGACAUGAUCCUGCGCCCGCGCCGUCCUCCAACAUCGCAGAGCCGGGACCAUCAUCUCGUACCUCCUCGACUACACCCGACACCGACGAGGAGCAGUUUUUUGUUAGCCGAAGCCGUUGCCUAGAAGAGUUGCAGGCACCAAGGAGCAACACCAGCGCCGGCGGCGGUCGUACUUCUACAUCCAACUCCUCGACGGCGGACAAGAUCAGGAAUCAAGUGACUCUUCUCGAGCCCGCGUUUCUGCCGAAGGAAGCAGAGUUUUGGUCCUCUGUUGAUCGCAGUAGUAGACCACCUCCAGGGGUUCUUCUAAUGUCAUCUUCCCUUGACUACACUCGCGCUUCCCGAGCGCGCUUUGUGAAACAUUUACUGCGAACUACAUUGACCUCUACUGUGUCCACGUCCAGUCAGCCUCGCAUCAUUAGUUCUACUUCCGCCUCAGCAUCCUCGCAGCCUGAUCAAGAAGACACAGAUCUGUCAUCCCUAGAGCUUGUUCUUGCAGCGAAUUAUUUGCACAUGCGUGACACGGUAAGGUUCAUCCAUAGCCUGGACCCGCAGAGGCUCGUCAAACUUUUCUUCUACUACAUGGGCUGUCCAGGAACCUUGGUUCGUCCAACCAUCGUGGCUUCCGCCGCCUCUGCUCCUGAUGAUGCCUCUCGUCCUCGCGAUGAGUCCUCCGUGCCAAGGGUGCAGAAGCAUGUUACUGUUCUUGACAGAGCCGCUGACCAGCAGAGAGGAGCUUUGCGACGCCAGUUUUACCAAGCGACCAAGCAGCGGCCGUCGAUGUCUCUAAUCGAUUUCUUCGCAUCGUACCACAAACUAGUAACCGCGACACCUUGUUUAUCGAUGACAACCGGUGUUGUCGUGCCAAGGCGGCUCUCUUCACAGCCCACAGCUGCACCAGCCGCCGGACCACAACCACGUUCCGCAGCUACUCCACCACCUCCAAAUCCUGCUAAUUCCACGUCUCAGGGUGCCACAGGAUUGUCCGCGUCCGCUGCUGCUGUCAGCAGCACUCUGCCUCAUGUUCAUCUGGGUGGGCCGCUCGGUGGUUCGAGCUCCAGCAGCGGCCAUAAUUUGACAAGCUUGUCGUCGGAACCCGCACAAUCUCCACACUUGCCAGGCUUGUCCACAGCGCCGUCCCCGCACUCGGGCAUGGUGCCGGUCCAGCCGCCACUACUUCACGCUCCUCCCCCAGCAUCCGGACCUGUGCAACCGCCGACGCAGGAGGGGCCACCAAGUGCUGCGACGGACGGCGCAAUCGCGAGUUGGUUGCCAUCGGUUGCCGGCGCUACGACCACAACGACUGCAAGCCGCGAGGCCCUGCCUCAGGUGUACGCCGGUCCUGAUGAUCCCGACGAUGAAGAUCCAGCUGCGAGGACUAGUACAUUAGCAACUGCAACUGCAUUUGGCCUAACCACGCAAAACUACAGGCUAACGCAACCAGACGAACACGAAGCCCAUAACGCUACAACUACGCCAGCUGCCCCAGUAGCCGAAAAUACUUCGCGACCGGGACCGGGAGACGGAGGUGUGGUCGUGCUCUCCACUAGUAAUGCCAGAACAAGUCCUGAGCCGACUGCUCGGCGAGUAUCUUUUGCGCUUCCUGACGCACCGACGAUUACCGGGGCGGUUGAUGAAAGUGGUAGAUUGGCUUUGGCAGGUGCUGGCACUGGCUCGGUUUCACUUGCAGUUACAGGUACUACAGGAGAACAAGCAGAACGUCGAAGUGCUGAGAGCCGGGAGCUGCAAACAAGGAGCGCGUUUCUAGUACAAAGCCCAGGGCUCCUCACCCAUGGAGCGCCUCCACUUAUUUCUCCCGGUCCGCCUGGAAGUAGGACUGCCAUACCAGUGGCAGCCAAUCUCCUGGACACGACUGAAGACAAUUCCACCCUCCUCGAGGGCAACCAUGCCCCGGCGUGGUUCGUUGACGCAGAGUUGAUUCCCGCAAUGAAUCCGCAGCAUUCAGUUUGGAGUGCGAUGCUGUGGACCCUGAUCCUGCGGUCCCCGGACCUGUCCCUACCAGCCUUGCGGCGGCACACGCUGGCAGCGGCUGCGGAAAGAGGGCGAGAAAUAGAUUCGCCAUUGCUGAUUGGUGGUUCCGGGCAAAACGAACGCGAGUUUUCUUGUUUCUUCCGAGGGGUGAUACUUAAACAGCCUUCUCGGGUGCACACACUGGUGAAACACAUAUACAAGAAGAUUACCGAACACGCCGUGCUGCGGCGGGCUCUAUCGAGUGCGAGAGUGCAGUGCUUGGCUGAGGUGCAAGAUAAUCUCCAUGAGGACCACCCACACACAGCCAGGACUACGUCGAGAAGAAGUAGAACUACGGGCACUGAGUCAAGAACGAGCCGCGGACGAGAGCAGCACGAAGAAGGUACUUCUAACGGAUCAUUUCGGCUAGUGGAACCAGCCCUGCUGCCAAGCAUAGUGGAUCUCUUCGGCCGCUCCUCGUCUCCUGGUUCGAGCACCUACAAUGACGGAACGGUUAAGGAACUGCUCGAAAAAUUCUACAGAGACGGUUCCGUGUGGCAAGGCUUUCCGGCAUGCGAGUCUGCGAAGGCGGCUCAGAGAACGGCACUGCACGUGAUUGAGGUUGUAUCCAAUCAUGAAUAAAGACCUAUUCUGCUUUCAAGACGAAAUUCAAUAUGAUAAAGUAAGACGAGUGGGCAUUCAGCAUAUAAAACCUAGUUCUCGUCUUGCUGGCCAAAACUUCUCUGGUAUACUACUUUCCUCGUUUCUUUUCCGGACGAGAGCCGACGCGCGUCGCAGAUUUCUUUGGUUUAUUUGCGCCAAACUCAAACGCAUUCGUUUUUGUUUGGUAUAAUGAUAUGUAUAUGCCAACCUCGGAAUCUUGACAGUUGAACAGGUUUCUUUUGUGC